GCCUCGCGGUACGGGGUGCCGGGGGUCACCGCCGUCUCUUCCCUCGCGCAGGUGUUCAACGAGAUUUACCCGGUGUGGACUUACUCCUACCUGGUGCUGCUGUUUCCGGUGUUUCUGGCCACGGAUUACCUGCGGUACAAGCCCGUGGUCCUGCUGCAGGGCCUGAGCCUCAUCGUCACCUGGUUCAUGCUGCUGUAUGCCCAAGGACUGCGGGCUGUGCAGUUCCUCGAGUUCUUCUACGGGAUGGGGACUGCCACCGACAUCGCCUAUUACUCCUACAUCUACAGCGUCGUCGAUAUCAAUCUGUACCAGAAGGUCACCAGCUACUGCCGGAGUGCCACCCUGGUGGGCUACACGGUGGGCUCGGUGUCCGGGCAGGUCCUCGUGUCGGUGGCGGGAUGGUCCCUCUACAACUUGAAUGUCAUCUCCUUAACCAGCAUAUCCAUUGCCUUUGGCAUGGCCUGGUUCCUGCCCAUGCCACAAAAAAGCCUGUUCUUUCACCACAUCUCGAGUCAGCAGCUCAGCUGUGAAAUGAAGGUCAUAGACUGUAAAAAUGGAUCGGCCGUGCAAGAUCAUCCCGAUGUGCAGAGGGCACCUGGCUGGGAGGAUGAGACAAAAAUUCCCUUAAAUGGGGAAGGUCAUUCAGCAGAGAAAGAGGAGCAGAAAAUAGACAUCGUAAAGGUGCUCAAAGAUCUCUGGCAGGACUUCCUGCAGUGCUACUCCUCCCGGACCAUGCUCUGCUGGUCUGUGUGGUGGGCACUGUCCACCUGUGGCUACUUUCAGGUCAUCAACUAUGCUCAAGGCCUGUGGGAGAUGGUGCUGCCUUCUCAUAGCACUGAGAUCUACAACGGUGCUGUGGAGGCAGCCUCAACGCUGCUAGGAGCUGUUGCAGUUGUUGUUGUGGGUCACGUAAAAACAUCCUGGGCAAUAUGGGGUGAAGUGGCACUUGCCCUGUUCUCCUUUCUUAUUGCUGCUGCUGUAUAUGUCAUGGACACUGUUCAUAACAUCUGGGUGUGCUAUGCAUCCUAUGUUGUCUUCAGAAUUAUCUACAUGAUGCUAAUCACUAUAGCAACGUUCCAGAUCGCUACAAAUCUCAGUGUGGAGCGGUACGCCCUGGUGUUUGGGGUCAAUACUUUCAUUGCCUUAGCACUUCAGACUCUGCUCACUUUGAUUGUUGUGGAUGCCAGUGGGCUUGGCUUGGACAUCUUCACUCAGUUCAUGAUUUACGCCUCUUACUUUGCGGUCAUCUCACUGGUGUUCUUGGUCAGUGGCAUAUGCAAUAUUGUGAGAGUUUACAGAAGACGAGAGCGGACACAGGGCAGAUCUCCUGAAAGGCAGUAG